AUGCAGAUCCCGUUCUUGAUAGCAUUAGUAGGUGUGCUCUUCUCUGUAGGGCGAGCUUCCCCAAACACAGGCGGUGUGUCAUGUACCGUCACAGCGAGUGGCGGAGAUGAUGGACCAGCAUUCGUGGAUGCUGUUCAACGUUGUGACUCAGUGACAAUCCCUCGUGAAACCACUCUUUCGAUAGCAACAAGGAUGAAUAUGACCGGCUUGAAGAACAAGAACAUUGAUCUGUUGGGAACCGUAAAAUUCACAAACAAUAUGUCAUAUUGGAUCAACAACGGUUUUCCAUUUGAAUUCCAGGACCAAAUUGCCUUUUGGAUCGUAGGUGGGCAGAACAUCCUUAUCAACGGUGGUGGAACAAUAGAUGGUUCAGGUCAGGUCUGGUAUGACGCAUUCGCUACUAACAGUACUCUCUUGCGCCCAAUCCUGCUCACGGUUUACCAAGCCACUGAUUUUGCCGUUAAAAAUAUUACGAUGAUCAACAGCCCUGAGUGGUUUAACUUCGUCAAUGAAGGGGAAAAUGUUGUCUAUGACGGCAUUAACAUCAGUGCCGUCUCCACAUCAAAUAAUCUUGCGAAGAAUACUGAUGGCUGGGAUAUAUAUCGCAGUGAUAGCGUCUCUAUCAUUAAUUCGAACAUCAACAAUGGCGAUGAUUGUGUUUCAUUAAAACCAAAUUCCACAAAUAUUAUUGCAUCGGACUUAUACUGCAAUGGUUCCCAUGGUAUUUCCGUGGGCUCCCUCGGGCAGUAUGCCGGGGUAUAUGACAUUGUUGAAAACUUCACUUCGACCAAUGUCCAAAUGUAUAAUGCUGAAAAUGGUGCGCGCAUUAAAGCCUAUGCUGGUCCGGGGGUCGGCAGUGGCAUUGUGAAGAAUAUCAGUUAUGGUUUCUUCACCGAGGGGAAUGUCGACAACCCCUUGAUUGUCGAUCAGUGUUACAUGACCAACGCAACAGAAUGUGCUGCAUACCCUUCCAACGUCUAUAUUCAGGACGUUGCAUUUUACAAUUUCAAUGGCACUUCGUCUGGAGCAACGAAGUCCGUGGUUGCUUCGCUGGCAUGCUCACCGGAUGGCCGCUGCAACGACAUCAGUGUUAACAAUAUUUUCCUUGAACCACCCCCACAAGAUGGUAAUGCGACCUACUCUUGCCAGAACGUGAAUAUCACUGGAAACGCUGCUUACCUGUUCGGUGACUGUGCGACUACCUAA